GGUCCGCAUUGACGAUGACUUUAAACAUGGUGAAACCAGUCUAUUAGGGUUUAAGCUCUAUACUUGCAUUCAUGCUCGAAUUUUCAUGGAUCUCCGGAUGCGCGUGCGUGCUUGCGUUCACAAUGUGUAGUCUGUGAGUGUUGCUAAAAAAGAAAAGUUCUCUAUACGCGACCCCACAUCCUGGCACGCCUCUCGCCCCGUUCCCCACCCCCGCGCCGCAAACGCGACCUGCCGGUUCAUCACUUUCCCCGCCGCCUGCUAUCGUAGCGCGGUUCGAUCCGCCUCUGGAAGUUGGAUUGGCGAAUGGUGGCGCACCAGGAGGCGGAGGCGACGACGACGACGACGACGACGGUGGACCCGAUGCGCCUGGCGUCGCGGUGGCGGUCCCCGGCGGAGUGGGUUGCCACCGCAGCGGCACUGGACUCGGAGCCCAUGCCAUCCGAGCUCAACACCGCCAACAGCUCGGGCCUCUUUGCAGUCGUCUCCGUCGACAAGAUGUCCGUCAAGUACCUCGGCGUCAACCACCACGGCCAUGACGUCGGAGUCGUGCAGGCCGACUGCCCCGCUCCCAUGCACCGAGCCGUCUACUACUUUGAGAUGACCGUGAGGAAUGCUGGGCUCAAGGGCCAGACCUCCAUCGGCUUCACCACCGAGAGCUUCAAGAUGCGCCGCCAACCUGGCUGGGAAUCUCAAAGUUGUGGAUACCAUGGCGAUGAUGGCUAUCUUUACCGGGGUCCAGGGAAAAGUGAGUCUUUUGGUCCCAAAUUCACAUCAGGCGACAUAAUUGGCGCUGGAAUUAACUACAUAGAACAACUUCUUUUCUUCACAAAAAAUGGAUCUCUGAUUGGGGCCUUUCCAAAAGAUAUUAAAGGACCACUAUAUCCUACUAUUGCGGUUCAUAGCCAGGGUGAAGAGUUGACAGUAAACUUUGGAAAAGAACAGUUCUGUUUUGAUAUUGAGGGUUAUAUUCUUGAGCAGAAAAUGACGCGACAAUCUAUUAGCGACAAACUGUACUUGCAACCAGAUAUCAGUCAUUGGAUUGUUCGUUCAUAUCUCCUACAUUAUGGCUACCAAGAUACAUUGAAUUCUUUUGAUGCGGCAAGUGAAACUGACCCUCCAGCGAAUCAUCAAACUGGUUAUGGGGAACCUCCUGAAAUGUAUGGUCUUAGCCACAGAAAAAUAUUGCGUCAGCUCAUCAUGAAUGGGGAUAUCGAUUCUGCAUUCAAAAGGCUUGAAGAGUGGUAUCCACAGGUCUUAAAGGAUGACGUAUCAGUUAUUUGCUUCUUGCUUCAUUCUCAAAGAUUCAUUGAAUACAUCAGGGCUGAGCAACUGGAGGGUGCUGUAAAAUAUGCCCGCGCUAACCUGGCCAACUUUUUGGCACACAAAGCUUUUGAGGGGUUGCUGAAGGAGAGUGUGGCCCUGCUUGCGUAUGAGAAGCCUUCAGAAUCUUGCAUUGGAUAUUUGCUGGAGUCCCCACAGCGUGAAUUUGUAGCGGACGCGGUGAAUGCUGCCAUCCUGUCGACGAACCCCAAAAUGAAGGAUCCAGAGAGCUGCCUUUACUCGUGUCUGGAGAAGUUACUGAGGCAGCUCACGGUAUGCAGCUCUGAGCUACGUGCGUUCAACAGCGAUCAAGGGGAUGUCUUCUUACUUCAUAAGGAGAUCUACGAAAGAUCUAGGCGUCCCUAAGGCACGUCGAGCAUACAUACGAGCAGUCAACUCGCAAAAUAAGAUCCUCAUUCUUCUUGGAAAGAAAGAAACAUCACCUGGAAUUGUGGACCAUGAGGAAACACACACAUAUUCUCCCCUGAGUGAGGCCUCAAGGUGAAUGGAAAUUUCGCAGCUUGGGCAUGGGACUUCCCAGGAGCUCCUUCCCUGUAAUCAGCGAAUUUAGAUUCACGUUUGAUCUCAACCCCUUUGGUGUUUUCAUAAACUUGUUGGCUAUGUGCAGUUGGACAUUGUGAACUUUAAGAUAAAGAGCUUGAACAGUACUGUAAAUGAAAUCAGAAUACCAUUCUUGUUGACGUGCUAUGUCAUCAGGUAUGUUCGUUCCAGAGA